GCAAAGUCACCCUGAACCUUACGUCCUCGGUCAUUUCUUGUAUCUUGUUGGAACUGAAAUCAUUAGAUCAACCUUGUCCACUCUAGCCUUCCAUCAUAGAACAAUAAAAAGAACAUUCGUCAUGGCACACGUCGGAGCGCUCCCAAAAGUACAUCGCCACAUCACAGGGCACAAUAAGGAAGGCAAGGCCAUCUUCAGCGACAAGUUUGACGAUGAGAGCAAGAUGAAGGUUCACUCCGACGGCAUCGCCUUCGCGCUCAGCUAUACUACGCAAGGCUUCCCCGUCGACAUGGAGCAGGACAAAGACCUCGACGUAUACGGCAAAUACCUAGCGGACACACCAGGACUCGUUGUCUCGGGCGGAACUGUCCUACGUCACGUUGAUAUCCCCCCUAAAACCGAAGGUGCUAUGCAUCGUACUGUAUCACUAGAUUAUGGAUGUGUUCUCGAGGGCGAAGUCGAUCUGCUUUUAGAUAGCGGAGAGGUUCGGACAAUGCGGAGAGGCGAUGUUGCGGUUCAACGAGGAACGAUGCAUUCUUGGAUCAACAAGAGCGAUACAGAGUGGGUGAGGAUGCUGUUCAUCCUGCAGCCGAGCAAGCCGUUGAACAUUGCGGGCGCAACAUUUGGAGAGGAUCUGGCAGGCAUGGCAGGCGUACGUCCAUCGGAUUAG